UAGUCAUGCCUCCGGACACCGAGGGAAGCACGUUCGAAGACUUUCUUGAUGAUUUUGAUAACAAAUACCCAACUUUCAUUCCUGGCCUGGAUGCAAGGACCCUUGCUAACAUUGGCGAAAAGCUAAAUAAAGAUGAAGCUAAAAUAUUUGGCAGGAACUUAGGAUUAUCCAGAAAGGAAAUAGAACUUCUUUUGAAAACAUCCAAUCCUGCCACUCAAAUGUUAUUAAAAUACAGAGGUAAAUUGACAAACCAUGGUCAAAAGAAUGUCAUCAUAAACUCAUUGAAGACGAUUGGACGACCACAUCUGGUAUCGCUAAUGGAGUAAAAUAUGUUAUAUAUGUUUGUAUUCGAAGGUAAAAGCUU